AUGAGGCAGAGCAAAGCAACUAGGCAAAGCAAGUUGAUGCGCUUUAUUUCUUCACCCAUUAGGACUCUAACCAAGGCCAAGAACUUCUACAUGAGGAGUUUAGAAGAUUGUGCUGCCAAGGUGGGUUACGGCGGCGGCGUGGGUGGUUACACUGCUUCACAAGUUCCACAGUUGCCAAGGAGCUUCAGCGUCAACUCCUCCAGUUCGAACGAUGAUGAGGAUUUGAGGCAGCUUCUAAGAACGGCAUCGUCAAAGAAGAACAACGAUGCAGAGAAAGGGGACAAUAAGGCAGCAGGUUCAGAUAUGAACCGAAGAGGAAGACCAAAUGUUAGUAUUAAACAACCGACAAUGAAUAAUGGGAUGGGGAUGAGGAGUUAUAGUGUUGGAUUGAAGAUGGGAAGGAUUGAUGAGGAAAGGGCUUCGACUUUUGAGGAAGAUGAAGUCGAAAUGAAGGCGGAUUUUUAUACAAGAAGCAGAAGUUAUGCUGUUAACAAGAGAUUUGCUGGAUUUGUGUAG